CAGGCUCGAGAGUCCGAGCCCUCAGCAUCCUGUGAGACCGUACCGGCAGCAGCCACUUCAACCUGGACCAGGAGCGCACGCGGCUUUGGAGCCGUCCGCGGCCGUGCAACUUCCCCAGGGAGACAGCCUUAGGUUCGUCCGGCGACUCCGUGCAGAGUCCGACCCGGCAGAUCGGUCCGCGGAGUCUCAGGGACUGGAACCCAGGAGCCCCCACCCCGCUUCCAGGCGCGCGGGGACAGCGCGUCGGGCCCCGCCCAGCGCGCCACGCCUUAAAGAGCCGGAGGGCCUGGGGCGCGCGGCAGCGGCCGCGGUCAUGGAGGGUGCGCUUGCCGCCAACUGGAGCGCCGAGGCGGUCAACCGGAGCGCGGCGCCCCUGGGGACCGAGGGCAACCGCACCAGUGGGCCGCCACAGCGCAACGAGGCCCUGGCGCGGGUGGAGGUGGCCGUGCUGUGCCUCAUCCUCUUCCUGGCGCUGAGCGGCAACGCGUGCGUGCUGCUGGCGCUGCGCACCACGCGCCGCAAGCACUCGCGCCUCUUCUUCUUCAUGAAGCACCUGAGCAUAGCCGACCUGGUGGUGGCGGUGUUCCAGGUGCUGCCGCAGCUGCUGUGGGACAUCACCUUCCGCUUCUACGGGCCCGACCUGCUGUGCCGCCUCGUCAAGUACCUGCAGGUGGUGGGCAUGUUCGCCUCCACCUACCUCUUGCUGCUCAUGUCGCUCGACCGCUGCCUGGCCAUCUGCCAGCCGCUGCGUGCGCUGCGCCGCCGCGCCGACCGGCUGGCCGUGCUCGCCACGUGGCUGGGCUGCCUGGUGGCCAGCGCACCGCAGGUGCACAUCUUCUCGCUGCGAGAGGUGGCCGACGGCGUCUUCGACUGCUGGGCCGUCUUCAUCCAGCCCUGGGGGCCCAAGGCCUACAUCACGUGGAUCACGCUCGCCGUCUACAUCGUGCCUGUCAUCGUGCUUGCCGCCUGCUACGGCCUCAUCAGUUUCAAAAUCUGGCAGAACUUGCGGCUCAAGACCGCGGCGGCGGCGGCGGAGACCGCCGCAGGGCCCGAGGGCGCGGCGGCAGACAGCGGGGGGCGCGCGGCUCUGGCCCGGGUCAGCAGCGUCCAGCUCAUCUCUAAGGCCAAGAUCCGCACGGUCAAGAUGACUUUCAUCAUCGUGUUGGCCUUCAUCGUGUGCUGGACGCCAUUCUUCUUUGUGCAGAUGUGGAGCGUCUGGGAUGCCGAUGCGCCCAAGGAAGCCUCGGCUUUCAUCAUCGCCAUGCUCCUGGCCAGCCUCAACAGCUGCUGCAACCCCUGGAUCUACAUGCUCUUCACGGGCCACCUCUUCCACGAACUUGUGCAGCGCUUCCUCUGCUGCUCGUCCAGCUGCCUGAAGGGCAGGAGGCCUGGGGAGACGAGCGUCAGCAAAAAGAGCAACUCGUCCACCUUUGUCCUGAGCCAGCAGAGCUCCAGCCAGAGGAGCUGCUUGCAGCCAUCCACCGUGUGACCGCAGGGCCAGGGCCGCCCCCCUUGGCUUGGACUGUGCAACAGGGACAGUCCGGCCGUUGGUGGCCGUGUGUGUGUGUGUAUAAGGUACCUUUCAGUUUGUACCCCUCCGCACCUUGGGAGGGCUCGGGUCGGGUGGGAAAGCAGUCUCCUUGGGGGAAGGUGAUAGGGUGACUGAGCCAUCAGCCAAGCCCCGGAUCACCCCUGGGCCCCCCCGGGUUCUCCUGCUGCCCGGACCCCACUGCUGCC